GGUCAAUGUAUGUACCUAUAUUGUAUGCAACUCUACGCUCCGUAGUAGUACUUUAGAAUAUAAUGUGCGUCACGUUCUAUUCGAGUCCUUACAUUUUUUGACAUUUAUUUGCUUAAAAGUCUCCGUGUAACGGGAUGUUGUUUUCCUCCAUGAUGGCAGCUGUGUGAUGUUAUGGUUUUUACGCUACUAAAGCUUUAAUUCCUUGAAAACGUUCGAAUCAAAUGGUGUACAUUAUAAUAGGAAAGUGAACCAACUAGUGUGAAUGUGCAAGUGUUGCGAAUAAUGAGUGCAUGACAUGGUAGUUAGAUGCGGAGUGCGGGAGCAGAGCAUGGUAGCGAUAGAUGAUAUCGGGUGUGUGAGGGACCAGCAGCGGCGGAAGUAGUAGGAUGCCGUGCGAGAACUGUGGUGUGCAGUUCAGCGUGUUUCGGCGCAAGCGCGCGUGCUCAGAGUGUGAGCGGCUGUAUUGCGCGGCGUGCCUGCGACGCAGCGGCGGUAUGUGCGCGCCGUGCCGUGCAAUUUCCACGCGUCCACUGGCGCGCAAUAACAUCGCGCACCUCAAAGUCCGUGAUCUGCAGUGCUUCCUACAGCGCCAGAAUGUCUCCACUCGCGGUUGCGUCGAGAAAGAAGAGUUAGUCUCACUUUGCGUGCAUCAUGUGAACAGUACGGCGUACCGGCGGCGAGGACCGCACCCCGAGGGCUCCCCUUUCUCCUCCUUCAAAGGCUUCACCAACAACAUCAAUGACUUCAUCAGCUCUGCCUUGGACCUGCGCAACCAACCCUCAAGCCAGCAACCAACUGUUCCUAACAGCACGUGUGUGAAUGCAGCGCAUGCGCACGCUCCGCCGGGCAGCGCCGGAGGCGGCGGCGCUUGGACGGCCCGAAGGGAGCGCUUCACUACCAGACCAGGGGGCGAGCCGGACAUCCGCGUGCCCGUGCCGGCCUCCGAGUCGCCCAGCGAGUCGGAGGCCAGUGCGCGCGUCGACACUGCCGACUGCUUCGAGAUCGAAGACAUCGACGACGCGGGCUGGGAAUUUGUCACGCGUCCCGCCGAACCCCUGCCCAAUGACUCGGAGGUGCUGAUGACGGCCAACGAGGAGCGCGCGGAGGCCCCGGCGGGGCCGGCCUCGCUGCGGCGCGCCGCCUCCGAGCUGCAGCUGCGGCAGAACGACGGCGCGCACUCGCCCGACGCCGCCAGCCUGCAGGACGAGCCGCUGCUGGACGACACGCCCGCGACUCCGAAGAAGGUGGACCUGGAGAGCUUCCGGAGCGCGCAGGAGCUGGAGCUGCUGAACGUGAAGCAGCUGAAGGAGCUGCUGACGCGCAACCGCGUGGAGUACCGCGGCUGCCUGGAGCGCGCCGAGCUGCUGGAGCGCGCCACGCGCCUGUGGCGCGACCACGCCCAGUACCGGGACGAGGUGGACAACCUUCCCCUGGAAGAGUGCUGCAAAAUCUGCAUGGCGGCGCCGCUGGAGUGCGUGCUGCUGGAGUGCGGGCACAUCGCCGCCUGCACCGCCUGCUCCAAGCAGCUGGCCGAAUGCCCCAUCUGCCGCCAGUACGUGGUGCGCGCCGUGCGCUUCUUCCGCUCCUGAGCCCGUCCGCCGCCGAGGGCCGAGCGCCCUCCGCCCCCGCGCCCUCCCGCGGCCCCCCCG